AUGUACGCUUGUCCUUAUCCGUCUUCUCGAUCGCGUUCCUCCGCUCCACCUCCUCCUGCCUCGAUCUCUUCGCCGCGAGCGCUCGGGUUACUUGCGGCUCUGGAUCUGACCGGUGUUCCCUCUCCACGUGUCGUUUACAGGAGGAGACGCUCGACGACUUCGCCGACAGUGGUGACUGGCAUCGACGAUCUGGUGGUGUGGCUGUUGCUGAUGGAGAAGUACACGAUGCAUAUCUCCAGGUCCGACGACCUCCUCAGCCGCCUGUCGCAGCAGGAGCGCCGCUUCGCCAAGAGGUACCUUCUGACUGCGCUCGUGCGUCUGCGGCAAUUGCCACAUUCGUUUAUGUUGGCAGUGUUGCCUUAUGAAAAUAACCGUGGUUCUGAUGGGGAUGGAUUUCUCGUGUCUGCUCUGUUAGAAGUUGCGUGGAGAUCAUGGAGAAGCAUCUGGAGUAGUUGUUGUCCAAGCUCCUGUGCGGUUAUGGUUCGGUUACCAGGCAGUCGUUGUCCAGCACUGAGGAUGACAUGGAAGUCUAAAUUUAAGGAUGACCCACCCACUGCGAUUGACUUCUUCAAGGCCACACAUAUUGCAUCAGCAAGACAUGUUAUAGUGAGGAUGCACAAAAAGCUAUUGCUGAAAUGGAGGCCAUCGCUGCUCAAGCACCACAAGAAGGGCAAGUGA